GAGGCGCCUUUGCUCCGCCCCCUCCCGUGCCCCUUUCGUGAGAGCCAAUGGAAGCUGUCAGUUGAGUGGCGUCAUUUGUCCUAGCAACCCGGGGCAGAUUCUUUCCUAGCCCUAGCGUGGCUGGAGGUGCGCGCGGGUGGCGGCGGCGAUUGGAGUUGCGGGCUCAGCAUGUGGUGCGCGAGCCCAGCUGCCGUGGUGGCCUUUUGCGCGGGGCUCUGGGUCUCUAGCCCGGUGCCGGCACAGGGCCAGGAGGCCGGGGGGCGGCCGGGGGCCGACUGCGAAGUAUGUAAAGAAUUCUUGAACCGAUUCUACAACUCCUUAGUAGACAGAAGAAUUAACUUUUCGCUGGAUACCAUAGAGAAAGAAUUGAUCAGCUUUUGCUUGGAUGCCAAAGGAAAAGAAAACCGCCUGUGUUAUUAUCUGGGAGCCACCAAAGACGCAGCCACGAAGAUCCUAAGUGAGGUCACACGUCCGAUGAGUGUGCACAUGCCUGCAGGGAAGAUCUGUGACAAGCUGAAGAAGAUGGACAGUCAGAUCUGUGAGCUGAAAUAUGAAAAGAAACUGGACUUGGCCUCCGCCGACCUGGGGAAGAUGAGAGUAGCAGAGCUGAAGCAGAUCCUUCGUAGCUGGGGGGAAGAGUGCAGAGCUUGUGCCGAAAAAACCGACUAUGUGGAUCUGAUCAAAGAACUGGCCCCCAAGUACACAGCCACACCCCCCAAAACAGAGCUCUGACCUUGAACCUGGCACGCCAUGACUUGUGAUUAGAAAAGAAAAGGACUGUCUAGGGUAUGGACAUGUUCAUGAAGGAUAACUAGGAACUGCGCUAUAUUUGGUCUCAUACUUUUUGUGUCAAUUAUUAUACCUCCGAAUUUUGUUACUUUAUGAGUUUACUGAUAUGGGACAUUUGCAGGGAACCAACACUUAAAAGUACUUUUCUCAUGCUUUUCUUGGAAGGCCUAUGUAAAUGACCAUUGCCUGUCUCCUGAAACUGGGAAAAGUGAAAGUGCUGAGAAAUUGAUGAAGUGAAUUGAUUCCAAGAGGGAAGAGAAUGCGCGAAGGCUCUUUGCUGCACAUGAUUUAAAAAUGUAUUUGACUAGGACAAAAGAAGCAAUGAUUAGCUUAUCUGACACACAACUUCAACCCCAAAUAAUUACCUAACAUAAUCAAACUUUUUUUUUUUAAAGUCAAUUUUUUAUUUUCGUCUGCAAAUCACUCUACAUGCUAGUUUUCUUUGGGGUCAGCAAUGGUUGGGCAGGACUACUGGAAGUUGGUAUUUCCCAUCUGAAGAAAACCUACUUAAAUCUGCUUGAAGAAAAUAGAUCAAGAAUCCAUAUAAGUAUACCCAAUGUUUUGACCAAUUGUAACAACACUUGCAUUGCACCUAGCACGCUGGGAGGCCAAGGUGGGAGAAUCGCUUGAGGUCAGGAGUUCAAGACCAGCCUGAGCAACAGCAAGA